CGGCCGCCGGCGGGAGCAGCGUGGCCGGACGCACCAUGAGCAGCGGCCCCGCCGAGCGGGACGGCGGCCCCGCCGAGCCCGGCCUGCCCGAGGAGGAGGUCAGGACACUCUUUGUGAGCGGGCUGCCUCUGGAUAUCAAGCCCCGGGAACUUUACCUUCUGUUCAGGCCCUUUAAGGGAUAUGAAGGGUCUCUUAUAAAACUCACGUCUAAGCAGCCCGUGGGGUUCGUUAGUUUUGACAGCCGCUCAGAAGCAGAAGCUGCUAAAAAUGCUCUGAACGGCAUCCGCUUCGACCCCGAGAUUCCCCAGACGCUGCGGCUGGAGUUCGCCAAGGCAAACACCAAGAUGGCCAAGAGCAAACUGGUGGGCACUCCGAACCCCAGCACGCCUCUCCCCAACGCUGUACCUCAGUUCAUCACCAGGGAGCCAUAUGAGCUCACAGUGCCUGCACUUUAUCCCAGUAGCCCUGAAGUGUGGGGGCCGUACCCUCUGUACCCAGCGGAGUUAGCACCUGCUCUACCUCCUCCUGCUUUCACGUAUCCCACUUCACUGCAUGCCCAGAUGCGCUGGCUCCCUCCGUCCGAGGCUGGUUCUCAGGGCUGGAAGUCCCGUCAGUUCUGCUGAAUGCCAUGUCUCAGGUGUGUGAUGGUGGCCUACAGUCAGUCUUGUGGGUAUUAAUGGAGUCUUCCAAGGUGGCUACUGGGUUCUCAAGCUCUCCGCAAAACCACAGUGUGCUGG